UAUUUGUUUUUCCUUCACUUGUCACCUUUGAUUAACUCUUCCCAAACGGUAGUGCGAUUAUGAUAGAUAUAGGCUUAAAAUACGCGAUGAUUUAAAUCUAAAAAUAAAAUAAAAUGCCUACAAUAUUAUUCAAAAGGGAGUGAAAUAAACAUAGGAUCAAUUCGUGAAUAUUACAUAAUCUUGGGGAAUUCCAGUAGGAUGGGAAGCAGUAAGUCUAAGGAGACUCCAACGACUGGUCAGAGAGGCAACAUUGAUUUCUCGCAAUUUAAGGCAAGAGUCGAUCGUAUAAAAGUUACUGGACUUAGUAGAACUCAUGAUGACUAUAUACAGCGCGCUGUUCGGGGUUUGUUUAAUGCAACAAACUUUCAAGAUGUUAUCAUUGAAACAACAAACGCUAAGGAUAAUCUGAUGCAGUUAGGCAUUUUCAAGAAUAUGAAGAUUAAUAUCGAUAUUAGUAAAGGAACUGGAGCUACAAGCAAUGGAUACGAAAUUACGUUUCAAGGCGAUGAACUCUCCCGGUUAACUGGGAGUAUUGGAACGGAACUUGGUCAGAACGAUGGAGCUGCAACAGCUGAAUUAACUUCACCAAAUAUGUUUGGCCGAGGUGAACGGUUGAGUUUGAAUUAUAGCUACAGCUACGUAAAAAACAGUGUUCUAAACCUUCGACUAACAAAACCGUACUUUCACACUGUAGUUGGCGGAUACAGCCCAGAAACAUCAAUUUCGAUUUUCAAGCACUCAUCUCCUACUCCUUGGUCUAAGUUCCGCACUGAUGAAACAGGUGUAAUGUUAGACUUUUCUUUUGCGUUGCCUUUCGGAUUGAGCAACAGCUUACAAUAUGAAAUUGGAAUGAAGGAAAUAUUCGUCAUGGAUAAACUAACCCCGUUUUUCGUGCGAGAACAUUGUGGGCCUAGAUUAUCAUCUAUUUUUCGGUACAUAGGUAUAUACGAAGGGCGUGAUAGUAAUGUGUUUCCAACAAAUGGUGUGUUUAUCAAGACGACCAAUGAACUGAUGGGCAGCACACUCACCCAGUUUGGUAUAAUGAAGAGCGAUGUGCAUUGCGAGCUAAAUGUACCUCUUUUUGCUGGAAUUUCUUUACAAAUGUGUGGACGAGUGGGAGCUCUCGUGAAUGAUAAGCGAAAAGAACCGAUAUCAAUCAAUCAGUUAUUCUUCCCAGGUGGGCCUCAAUCACUGCGAGGGUUUGAAAUAGCCGGUGCUUGUCCUUAUCGGGAAGGAGUUGCAAUUGGUUGUCAGACAUACUGGGCAUCAGGAAUUCAUCUAUGGAGUCCACUUCCUUUCAGUAGUUAUUUUGGUGGCUUCGGAAACCUUUUUAGAACGCAUUUAUUUUAUAAUUUUGGAACAUGUAACACAUUCACUACAGAUAAGCUGCGAAGUACAGCUGGAGCUGGACUAGCAGUGAGAAUAGGUCAAAGAGCCCGGAUUGAAUUCAAUUACUGUCAACCCCUUUCUUUCGAACCAGGUGAUCGUUAUAAACAAGGUUUUCAGUUCGGCAUAGGCUACGAAUUCAUUUAGGAAAUUUUGGUGUUCUAAACCAAGUAUACAUAGUAAUUGUUUUACACACAAGAAGCAGCGCUUUCCGAAUAGAUGACCUUUUUUAUCAAGAAAAAAAAUCGUGCUCACAUACAAAUAUUUUAAUGUUUAUCUUCAUUGGCCUCAAAUUCUUCAGAAAAAGCUAAUCUUACAUUAUGGGCCGUUUUCUACUUAAAUGUUUCAUUUCCUUCAGUUUUCAUUUUUGUUUGUUUAAGUUUAGGCCAGUAGAUACAAACACUAUUAAAAUAUUUGGAAGAGUCGUACUUGUUACCACACCCAGUACCGCAGUUUUUUGUAACAUCUUAGAUCGAUGAGAAAUAUACUGCCGCUAGCUUGUUA